UCUCCCAAUUAUUCCGGGAGACAACGAGCCGUUGAUGCCCCAAGGAAUUCUGGGAAACGUAGUCCCGGUUUGCAGAGAACCACCUUGGCACUGUGCGGUGUGACAUUCCCGGCGGAAGUUGCCGGGCCGUGGGAAAGCUGAGAGACCUUUUUCCGUAUAUGACGCUCACUGGUGCACGCAGUGGCGCUGACUACACGUACGCACGCUAUUGGCCAAUAGCUUUUUGGGCACGCGCAUAGGCGCUUCCUGGUUUUUUUUUUGUGCUCGCAUGGCUUUCUGGGAGUUGUAGUUCCAUUUCCUGCGGGAGCGCUGCCGUCGAGAGGCGGCUCAGAGGUCCCAGCCCGUCUGUCGCUUUUGGCGCUCCGCUCGGAGGAUGGAUCCCGGGCCGGGCACAGACGCGGCACCGCUGGCGGGCCUCGUCUGGUCGUCAGCCUCGGCGCCUCCGCCGCGGGGAUUCAGCGCGAUCUCUUGCACCGUCGAGGGGGCUCCCGCCAGCUUCGGCAAGAGCUUCGCGCAGAAAUCUAGCUACUUCCUGUGCCUUUGUCCUCUGGGCAGCCUGGAGAACCCUCAGGAGAACGUAGUGGCCGAUAUCCAGAUUGUGGUGGACAAGAGCCCCCUCCCGCCGGGCUUCUCCCGGGUCUGCGACCCUCAGGACUCCAAGGCCUCUGUGUCUAAGAAGAAAUGUAUGUGUGUGAAGCUGGUACCCCUGGGGGCUGCAGACACAGCUGUGUUUGACGUCCGGCUGAGUGGGAAGACCAAGACAGUGCCUGGAUACUUACGAGUGGGGGAUAUGGGCGGCUUUGCCAUCUGGUACAAGAAGGCCAAGGCCCCGAAGCCAGUGCCCAAGCCCCGAGGUCUUAGUCGGGACAUGCGGGGGCUUUCCCUGGACCCACCAAGCCAGCCAAGCAAGGGUGCUGUCCCAGAGAGGACGCUGUCAAGGCUGGGCUCUCGGGCGUCUACCCUGAGAAGGAAUGACUCCAUCUACGAGGCGUCCAGCCUUUAUGGCAUCUCAGCCAUGGAUGGGGUUCCCUUCACGCUGCACCCCCGAUUCGAGGGCAAGAGCUGCAGCCCCUUGACCUUCUCUGCUUUUGGAGACCUGACCAUCAAGUCUCUAGCAGACAUUGAGGAGGAGUACAACUACGGCUUUGUGGUAGAGAAGACUGCUGCUGCUCGUCUGCCCCCCAGUGUCUCCUAGCCCUCUACCAUAUACCCUGCAGCCUGGCGGUCAUCCCACUGCACGCCUAUCCACGAACCUCCAUAUCACAGGACAUUUUGGACCUUCAGCCACCACUGCAGCUCUGGAGGUGGGGGUGGGCUGGGGUCUUGGGGUCCGUGCCCCUGGGCCCUGCAGGGCAUGGGUUGAGGCUGAAUGGAAAUCAGUGCCUUCAAGUCAUUCAUGUCAAAACUCUCUGGUGCCUGGAGAUGAUACAGGCAUCCUCCUCGUAAUAAACACUACCCUGUUUGAGUCUGGAGUUAUGGUCCUGGCUACAGGUCCUCAUCUAGCACAUGGAGUUUGAGCAGUGGCAGCUCUUGUACUGAGUGGCUAGGUGAAAUCACAGACAGAGGCAGCACUGCUGGGACUCCCAUUCUACAGAGUGAGAAACUGAGGCUCAGGGAGUGACUGAGCCGGGAUUCUAGAUCACAGAGAAGACCCAGUCCCACCCUCCGUUGGGCCUAAUGAAGAUUCAUCUCCACAUGGUGAAGAUUGUUCAUAGCAGAUGCCUGUGACUCUGCCUGGGGCCUCCUGGGGUCCCAGGACUGUGUCCCAUUUGUGCACUGGGAAGGCCAGAAGUUGGAGCAGUCACCGCCUAAGGAAGCAGCUCUCAGAUAAUGCCUGAUUACAGCUGGAGGAUAAACAUCCCAUGGCCCUUCAGGUGGGAGUACUCUGCAGUACGUGCACCAGCCAUCUUCCUCAGGUCUGUAGCUGCAGGAGCCCUGAUUGCCCACAGUGCUGUCUGUUCAUUGGCGCUCCCUGCAGGGUUCAGCGGUUUCCUGCAAUCACAGAUAAACCUUAUCCCCAUCUUUGAUUGGAUUGCAACAUCUUUGAUUGACAUUGUCUGCACCCUAAGGAGGUCCCCAACCCCUGACCGAGCACCUGUACAGCGGACCUGUACUGCAGACCUGGACCGCAGGCUUAGGCCGCAGAGCAGGAGAUGAGGAGCAGGCCAGCGAGGGAAGAUUCAUUUGUUUUUAUAGCCGCUACCUGUCACAUCACCACUUGAGUUCAGGGGCAUUAGAUUUCAAUAGGAGCAGGAACCCUACUGUAAACUGCACAUGAGAGGGAUCUAGGCUGUUCUCCUUAUCUAAUGCCUGGUGAUCUGAGGCAGAGCUGAUGUGGUGAUGCUAGCACUGGGGAGUGGCUGCAGAUAUCCUUAGCAGAGAGGUCUGACUACAAAGAGACCAUAAGAAAUUAAUUGCUUGCACACUUAUUAAAACUAUUGUUGGGGGAGGCCCCCAACCCUUGGUAUGUGGAUAAAUUGUCUUCCGUGAAACCUCUUCGUGGUGCCAAAAAGUUGGGAACCACUGCGUGGAAACAUGCCAGGAUGCUGACAGUUGCUUGCAUUUGCAAGG